CGAGCGCGGAACGCAUCGAUAGCUCUGCCCUCUGUGGCCGCCCGCCCCGAACUCAUCGGUGUGCUCGGAGCUUGAUUUUCCUAGGCGGCGGCCGCGGCGGUGGAGGCAGCAGCGGCGGCUGUGGUGGUGGCGGCUGUGGCGGCGGUGGCGGCUGCUCGGCCAGUACUCCCGGCCCCCGCCAUUUCGGACCGGGAGCGAGCGCGGCGCAGGCUCUGAAGGCGGCGGCGGGGGCCAGAGACUCGGCGGCUCCCAGGUGCGGGAGAGAGGCCUGCUGAAAAUGACUGAAUAUAAACUUGUGGUAGUUGGAGCUGGUGGCGUAGGCAAGAGUGCCUUGACGAUACAGCUAAUUCAGAAUCACUUUGUGGAUGAAUAUGAUCCAACAAUAGAGGAUUCCUACAGGAAGCAAGUAGUAAUUGAUGGAGAAACUUGUCUCUUGGAUAUUCUCGACACAGCAGGUCAAGAGGAGUACAGUGCAAUGAGGGACCAGUACAUGAGGACUGGGGAGGGCUUUCUUUGUGUAUUUGCCAUAAAUAAUACUAAAUCAUUUGAAGAUAUUCACCAUUAUAGAGAACAAAUUAAAAGAGUUAAAGACUCUGAAGAUGUACCUAUGGUCCUAGUAGGAAAUAAAUGUGAUUUGCCUUCUAGAACAGUAGACACAAAACAGGCUCAGGACUUAGCAAGAAGUUACGGAAUUCCUUUUAUUGAAACAUCAGCAAAGACAAGACAGAGAGUGGAGGAUGCUUUUUAUACAUUGGUGAGAGAGAUCCGACAAUACAGAUUGAGAAAAAUCAACAAAGAAGAAAAGACUCCUGGCUGUGUGAAAAUUAAAAAAUGCAUUAUAAUGGGAGUUGAUGAUGCCUUCUAUACAUUAGUUCGAGAAAUUCGAAAACAUAAAGAAAAGAUGAGCAAAGAUGGUAAAAAGAAGAAAAAGAAGUCAAAGACAAAGUGUAUAAUUAUGUAAAUAUAAUUUGUACUUUUUUCUUAAGGCAUACUUAAGUAAAAGUAAUUUUUGUACAUUACACUAAAUUAUUAGCAUUUGUUUUAGCAUUACCUAAUUUUUUUCUGCUCCAUGCAAACUGUUAGCUUUUAUCUUAAAUACUUAUUUUAAAAUGACAGUGGAAACUUUUUUUCCUCUAAGUGCCAGUAUUCCCUGAGUUUUGGUUUUUGAACUAGCAAUGCCUGUGAAAAAGAAAACUGAAUACCUGAGAUUUUUGGUGCAUGCAGUUGAUUACUUCCUGUUUUUCUUACCAAUUGUGAACGCUGGUGUGAAAAAAAUUAAUGAAACUUUUGAAUCAUCCCUAUUCUGUGUUUUAUCUAAUCACAUAAACGGAAUGAUUACUAAUUAUAACUUCAGUUGAGACUUUAUGAUUGGUUCAGACUUUAUGACUGAAACAUUGAGGGAACACAAAUUUAUGGGCUUCCUGUCAAUUCAGCUUCCAGGCAUCAUGUCCUAUUGUUUGUCAUCCUUAAUUGAAUGUAAAGUUACACUGUUCACAAAGGUUUUGUCUCCUUUCCACUGCUAUUAGUUAUGGUGUCUUUUUCAAAAUUAUAUUUUUUCUAUAAAAAGAAAAAAAUGGAAAAAAUACAAGGCAAUGGAAAAUAUUAAAAGACCAUUUCCUUUCCACAUUAGACAAAUUACUGUAAGACUCCUAAUAGCUUUUCCUGUUAAGGCAGACACAGUAUGAAAUAGGGAUUAUAGCAACCAUUUUGGGGGCUGUAUUUACAUGCUACUAAAUUUUUUAAAAAUUGAAAAAUUGUUAACAUGUAUAAAAAUUCUCAUAGGAAUUAAAUGUAGUCUCUCUGUGUCAGAUUGCUCUUUUCUUGAACGUCAGUCUUUGGAAAUAGUUUCAAUUCUUAUAGUGAUAUUGAAGAUCUUUUGGGCCAGUUAUAGCUUAGCAGGUGUUAAGUAGAACAAGGUUGCAAGCCCUGUGGGAACCUUUGAACUUCAUUGAGAGUUUCACAGUAUGGACUGCAUCGCUGUGGUCAUCCAUUGUUGUCAAGCAUUGGUUGGUCAGAAUCGGGACUAAGAGAGAAUUUCGGUAGUUCAACAAGAUGCAGACUGUCAGUGUAUGGUGGUUCUACUGACAAAUCAGGAGCGUCACUUUUGUUCUUAAAAACAAUUUCUGUAAAAACUUAAAUAUUGAGAUUUCAGGGUGGGGGGGUUGCUAAGACAAUUUUUUUUUAAGUAAUUAAACGAAAAAAUUUCAAAAUCUCUAGGUUUGACUAGUUACCUUAACACUGGCUAAAUUAACAUUUUCAUAAACAUUUUUCAAGUCUGAUCCAUAUUUAAGAAUAUCUAAUACUUAAAAAAUGACAUUAAUAAAAGGUCCUUUUAAUUGAUUUGAAAUAUUUGAAGUGAGAUGAGAUGGUGUGGUAAGGUGAAAAUAUUACUGGACUAGGAGGAAGGUGACUUAGAUUUUAGAUAUGUGUCUUAGAACUCUUAUUUUGGACAAAUCACUUACUAUCCAUUUCUUCAUGAAAAAACAAGUCAUCUCAAAGGCUUUAUCUUAUCUAACUUUAUAACUAUGUGAUUUAAUUCUGUUUAUAUAAGGAUAUUCCUGUUUGUAAAGCUCAGCACAAUCUGUAACUUUUCACCUGCGUUACCAUCUUUAGUACCAGUCUUAGGCAAAAUUGUGCAAGAGGCAAAGUUUAUAUUUGAAAUAUCCAUCCUCCCCUCCCAUGUUAGUGUCAUCUUGCCUGCCUAACCUUUCCAUAUGCCUUCGUGACUUCUUGCAAUUUUCUUUUAAUUCCCAUAACCUCAAGAUUUAUUGCUGCUAUGGAUAUAUCUUCAUGAAGGUUUCCUAUUAAGUCACAUCAGAAAUGCCCUACAUCUUAUUUUCCUCAGGGCUGAAAAUACUCUGACAAAUACCACAGUGGGAUUUGACCUUGUAGCUAACCUUUAAUCUUGAUGCUUUGAACAUCGUCUCUUUACUGCUUGGUCCAUUUGUGACUAAGGAGGAAUUUUCAAACCUGAUAUGAAAAGACAGAGCCCUAAGCCCUAUCCAAUAGAAGGAGAAUUUAAUAAAGGUAAUGCUGAAAGAAUUCCUUAAGUAAUUUACAGCUAGAACUCUAGCCCUGGUGUUUUUCAUUGUAAUAUAUGCCAUUGUUUUAAUAACUUAAAAUCUUACAAUGAAAAACACUUAAACAUUUAAUUCAUAAGGUUACUUUUUUGGAGAAUUCAGUUAUUCAACAAAUACUUGUUGAGUGCCUACCAGAUGCCAACCACUGCACAAGAAACUGACGAUAGGGGGUGUCCCCAAACAAGAAACAAUCCCUGUCCUCAGGUAGUGUUAGAGUGGUCUAUAAUAUCUUAGUAAGGCCCUUGGUGCAUGACCAGAGGUAACAUGAUGCAUAUUUUAAUUUUGCAGCGAAGAGGUUUGGUUUCUAAGAUUCCUUCCAAUUCUAAAAUAAUUGUUUUGCUAUGAUUCCAAUGCAACUGUUUAAUCAAGCUAUUUUAUAUAAAUCACUUCAUUGUUAUAAAGGAAUAACCUUGAUAAUGUUUUUUUAUUUGGACUGUGAUUUUGUCAGGACAGCUAUCGUACACAUUAAGUUAUAUGUCAGAUACUAAUAUUAAAAAUCUCAAAGGUAUAAUAUUUCAUUUUCCUUUUUUAAAAUAGACUUUUACAAAUUAAAAAUUGACUUCUGAAAUAGUUUCGUUUACUUGGGUAUGAAUAAACAGGUGCCUAAACUGAUUCACAAGAAAGGAAACUUGUGUAAAUGUAAGAUUUCUGAAAUGCCAUGGUAAACAGAUCUAUGGGACAUUGUCUAGGUAGGGGUGUACCUCCUCUUGUUACUACACAGAGAAAGAAAUGGCCAUACUUCAGGAACUGCAGUAAAUCACUGAGAGGAUGUUUAGGACUUUUGAAUUUUUGAUGUGGCUUGGCAUUUUUUUUUAAGUAGUGCUAAUUAUCUUUUAUUAUGUGAAUUUUGAGUGGUUUAACAAAAGGUUUUGUUGAGAUUUUAACAGGGGAGAGAAUACUAGAAAUAACAAAUGUUACCUGAUUAUUUUUUUUCUUUCAUUUGAAGAUCAAAGAAAUGUUAUCCGAUUAUUAAAAACAGCCUUAACCUUGUUGAAGUUUUUUUUAAAAAGUACUAAAUUACAUAGUCUUAGGCAUUAACAUGUUUGUGGAAGAAUAUAGCAGACAUAUAUAGAAUAAUUUUAGUGAAUAUUCCCAGUUAGGAAUUCUAGACUCUAUUUUAACUGAGUCACACUGCAUAGGAACUUAGAACCUAACUUUUAUAGGUUAUCAAAACUUUUGCCACCAUUGCACAAUUUUGUCCUAAUAUAUAGAGAAACUUUGAGGCAUGUUAAGUUACAGUUUGCACAAGUUCAUCUCAUUUGUGUUCCAGUGAUUUUUGUCUUUUAACCUUUUUUUUCCAAGCAGUAUAUACUUAGGGUUUAUUUUAUAGGCAGUAUAAACUAUCUGAAGUUAUUUCCAUUUAUCAAAAAGUAAUAAUUUCUUGGUAAUUAUAGUGAUGUUUUCAAAAACUCAGUAGUUACUUAUAUUUAAUAAUUUGUGUUCAUAGAGUAGCAUGAAUUCUGCACUGAGAAAUUGAAUAACCUACAACUAGUUGUAAAUUCUGUCAAAAUGAAAAUUAUUUCUUUCUAAAGAUAUAUUUACAUUAGUUCUUAAAAAAUAAUCAUAACCAGAUUAAAAUUUGUGUUUCAGUUUAAUAGUUUGAAGUGCCUGUUUGGGAUGAUGAUAGGCCAUUUCAGUGAAUUUAGGAAAAACAAAGUUAUCUGUAAAAUGUCAAUUACAGGUGGUCCACCACCCCUCCCCCCUCAGCUAAUUGGGUUACAAUAAUGCUUUACCCAAAAGUUUCCAAUUCCACUGUCUUGUGUUUUCAUGUUGAAAAUACUUUUGCAUUUUUCCUUUGAGUGCCAAUUUCUUACUAGUACUAUUUCUUAAUGUAACAUGUUUACCUGGAAUGUAUUUUAACUAUUUUUGUAUAGUGUAAACUGAAACAUGCACAUUUUGUACAUUGUGCUUUUUUUUUGUGGGACAUAUGCAGUGUGAUCCAGUUGUUUUCCAUCAUUUGGUUGCGCUGACCUAGGAAUGUUGGUCAUAAUCAAACAUUUAAAAUGACCACUCUUUUAAUUAAAAUUAACUUUUAAAUGUUUAUAGGAGUAUGUGCUGUGAAGUGAUCUGAAAUUUGUAUUGUUUUUGUCAUGAACUGUACUGCUCCUAAUUAUUGUAAUGUAAUAAAAAUAGUUAUGGUGAC